GAUAACAAAUAUGGGAGAGGUGAAAGUUCAUGGUAUUUUUGCAGGGCCAUUUAAUAAAAGAGUUGAAUUAGCCUUGAAGUUGAAAGGGGUCAAAUAUGAAUAUAUUGAAGAAGAUAGAUCCAAUAAGAGUGAUGAACUUGUAAAAUAUAAUCCAAUUUAUAAACAAGUUCCAGUUCUUGUUCAUAAUGGGAAGCCAAUAUGUGAAUCAAUAAUAAUUCUUGAAUAUAUUGAUGAUACUUGGGAAAAUAAUACUAUUCCCCUCUUGCCUAAACAUCCAUAUCAAAGAUCCAUGGCUCGUUUCUUGGCUAAGUUAAUUGAUGAAAAGUUAAUGGGAGCAAUGUACAAAGUUUGUUAUGGCAAAGGAGAAGAAAGGGAGAAAGGUUGUGAUGAAACUUUUGAGGUCUUAAAAUAUCUCGACAAUGAGCUUCAAAACAAGAAGUUCUUUGGAGGAGACAGCAUUGGAUUCGUCGACAUCGUUGCCAGUUACAUAGCUCUCUGGUUUGGAGCAAUUCAAGAAGCAAUAGGGAUGGAACUGUUGACUGAACAAAAGUUUCCCAAGUUAAGCAAAUGGAUUGAUGAGUUCUUGUGCUGUAGAAUUGUUAAGGAAAAUCUCCCUAAUAGAGAAGUAUUAGUGCCUUUAUACAAAGCUCAAUUUGCAGCAGCAACUCAAAAGGCAUCCAGCUGAAAUUUUUAUGUCUUUAGAAAUAAAGUAUGUUGAACAUUUAGUUAUUACUUAUACAAAAAGAGAGCUUGAGCAGCUCAAAUGCACAAUAAGCAGGAUAAUCUUUGUACAAUGAUAAAUAUUUUGCGAUUAUUAUAUUCAUCACGGAUGUCACUUCCACCUUGUUCUGUA